CGUAUAACUCGCCAGUCGUUACACGUGUUCCAUUUAACCCCGGACUUGUGAUUGCUGAGGAAUGUCCACGCAAAUGGAUGUUGAUGCCAGCCGUGACAACCCUGACCUUGAUAUGGAGAUGACAAACGAGCAGACAGGACCGAUGUCUACAAACGUGAUAGGUCGAGAAGCUAGCUGGCGAUCGCAGCUCCUGCAGGAGGCCUUUGAUAAAGCUAGUGCAUACGCUUUGCGUGACCCGACGCGAGAGGAAUUCGGCGACAACUACCUGGACCUUGACGAUGCGUUUGUCGACGCGUUGUAUGAUACUUACGUGCGCGCUAUGGCGCUCGUGCGGUCGUACUGUCAGGAAGAGUUCCAGGAGCUAUGCUCGGCGCACAAGGUGCAAGAGGAGCUCCGGAACCUCGAGCUAGAAAGUGACCCACUGCCCUCCACGUCCACAACACCCACGCCCCUACGGAUUCGCCCGUCCCUAGGAGGCGAGCCGCCAGCCGGAACGCCAGCGGGAACGCCCGGUGGUGCAGCGUUAGCAGCAGCAGCAUCAGGUGACUGCGGGGCUGGGUCCGCGGCAGUGGUGGGGCGCGCUGAGGAGGCGGCUCGGCUACACGCGCUGCGACAGGAGGCGGCCUACCUGCAGCACAUGCUGGAGCGGGCCACCACCACGGAGGCCCGCCUCACGGAGGCGCUGGCGCAGCGGCAGAAGACGGUGGACGAGAUGGCGUCGACGUACGGCAGAGUCGUGUCGGAGGUGAAGCAGGUCGUGGACGUCACACGCGCAUGGCCUGCGGCGCGUCGCGGCGUCAUUGCCUAGGGUUGCAUAGGGUUGCUUCUUAGGGGCACGUCGCAAAAUGCGUCCCAGGUGCCAAUAGGAGGCAGUUAGCCGUCGCUGUAGCGAUUACGGUUGAUGACAAGGGUUUUGCGUUUGCGAUGGGAAGCUCUAGGGGUAUGGAUGAGGCAUGGCGGUUAAGGAUGGUGGGGAUGGGUUCCGGGAGAGGUCCAGUGGAGCUUUAGACAUUAAAUACUAUAAUUUAGGGUCGAAUGACUGCUUACCAUACGUUGUUAAUGUUAACGGCGGGCUAAUAAUGAACAAGUGCCAUGAGGUGAAGCCUUGUACUACAAAGUCGCAAAUUGCCAAAUUUCAAGGCAAUGCCCCAAUAGUUUUCUUUAUGGCCUAUUUCUGUCCAUUAGCGGUGUACUUCGCAUUUCUUCAGAACUCAGGCAUUACAUAGUAUCCGGACGGGCUAGAUCUCGAGUCAUUCUCCGUCAACUGUUAAUAGAAACUCAGAAACUUGUAGUUUUAUAACUACCGGCGGUGUAAGCGCUUGUGGAAUAAGAAAUUAUUGCUGGGGCGCAGCCCCUGAGGAAGGGUUAGUUCACCAUGGGCCAGAACCAGAGUGGACAGGGCGGGGCAGGUGCUCCUGGUGAUCAGAAGAAGGAUCAGGAGAAGAAGAAGAAAUACGAGCCCCCGGCUCCCCCGCCGCGUGUGGGCAAGAAGCAAAAGAAGCGUGAUACAGCAGCUAGUCUUGGGGGAAAGCUGCCGACUGUCUACCCAACAGCGAAAUGCAAACUCAGGCUACUAAAGCUGGAGCGCGUUAAGGACUACUUACUAAUGGAGGAGGAGUUUGUACAAAACCAGGAACAGCUGAAGCCACAGGAGGAGCGCAAUGAGGAGGACCGGUCGAAGGUCGACGACCUGCGCGGCACGCCCCUGAGUGUUGGCACCCUGGAGGAGAUCAUCGAUGAGAACCACGCCAUCGUCUCCUCCUCCGUGGGCCCCGAGUACUACGUGUGCAUCCUGUCCUUCGUGGACAAGACGCAGCUGGAGCCGGGCUGCUCCGUGCUGCUGCACUACAAGAGCAUGUCGGUGGUGGGCAUCCUGAGCGACGAGACCGACCCCAUGGUGUCCGUCAUGAAGGUUGAGAAGGCGCCCCUGGAGUCGUACGCGGACGUGGGCGGCCUGGAGGCGCAGAUCCAGGAGAUCAAGGAGGCGGUGGAGCUGCCGCUGACACACCCCGAGCUGUACGAGGACAUCGGGAUAAAGCCGCCCAAGGGAGUCAUCCUGUACGGCGACCCCGGCACCGGCAAGACGCUGCUGGCCAAGGCGGUCGCCAACUCCACCUCCGCCACCUUCCUGCGUGUGGUGGGCAGCGAGCUCAUCCAGAAGUACCUGGGUGACGGACCCAAGCUGGUGCGCGAGCUGUUCCGAGUGGCGGAUGAGCUGGCGCCCUCCAUCGUGUUCAUUGACGAGAUCGACGCCAUCGGCACCAAGCGCUACGACGCGCACAGCGGCGGCGAGCGGGAGAUCCAACGCACCAUGCUUGAGCUGCUCAACCAGCUGGACGGAUUCGACUCCAUGAGCGAUGUUAAGGUCAUCAUGGCCACCAACCGCAUCGAGUCGCUGGACCCCGCGCUCAUCCGCCCCGGCCGCAUCGACCGCAAGAUCGAGUUCCCGCUGCCCGACGCCAAGACCAAGCGACGCAUCUUCGGCAUCCACACCGGCCGCAUGACGCUGUCGGAGGACGUCAACCUGGAGGAGUUUGUGAUGGCCAAGGACGAGCUGAGCGGCGCCGACAUCAAGGCGGUGUGCACGGAGGCGGGGCUGCUGGCGCUGCGGGAGCGGCGCAUGCGGGUGACGCAGGCGGACUUCCGCAAGGCUAAGGAGAAGGUGCUGUACAAGAAGAAGGAGGGCGUGCCGGAGGGUCUCUACAUGUAGAGGG